GCAAGCUAAAAAGGCCCAGGAGUCGUUGGGGGACUUGAGGUUAUCGCUGUGUGAGGUUAUAUCUGUGUUCCCCCUGCUGGGCCUCUGGCUUCCUCUGUGAGAUGACUAAGGUUGAACCAGCCAGCUUCUUGUUAGUGCUUUCCAGCUUAGCACGUCUCUGAACUGCGAUUUAAUAAAGGCACUUACUAUAAGUCAGGAGGCAGAGAGCUGAAGGUACCGUUCUUUUGUGUGAACUGGUGAUUGAGCAGUAACACUAAAUGUUUCAUUUAUUAUCUCUGUAAGCAGAGAGUUCAGGCUCCAGAUGUCAUAGAGGCUGCCGUGGUCUGCUGAGAAAAGCACACUCUUAUCACAGCGAUGCUCAGCGUUUUGGUGGACCCUUUCACAACUGUAGUUUAUUCUGACAUUUGAGGGAUUGGGUUUUCCUCUGUGAUCUUAAAAAGUCAUCUAUCCCUUUGUCCCUACUACCCAUAUUUGAUAUGUAAAAUGGGAAUCCUAUUCCAAAACUUCUUAAUAAAUCCACCGAGGCACCUGUUCAGCAAGACGACACACAUUAGUUGAGCAUCUUCUGUGUGCACGACGCUAUUCGGCUGCAGUAGACACAGGAAUAAGUUGCCCUGCCCUCAAGGAAUGUAUGGUGUAGUGGCAGCAGGCAGAACAGAGAGAGGUGCUAAGGGACAGGUUUAGGUAGAAUUGGAAGUACAAAGGUAAGAGUAGUUCGUGCUGUUGGCCGGCGAAGGGAAAAUCAAGGGAGGGGCGGUAUGGUCUAGGAAAAGAACAUUAGGUUUAGGGUCAGAAGACCUGGGUUUUCAGAAUCUCCGUUCUCUGUAUAUUAGUGGUGCGACCUGGACUUCUCUGAGCCUGGGUGGCCCCAUCCGUGUAAAGGAGAUAAUACCCCUCCUCUCCACGGUCAGCGUGAAUAUGGGAUCACACGCGUGUGAUAAAGUUCCAUGUCUCUGAGCUCUAGGAGCAGGUUCGUGUCCCUGAAUAAAGAGGGUUUCAGGCCACUUGUAAUUGCUAAGUCCAUUUUUUAUUCAAAAUUAGAUCUCAUUAAACCACAGCAGGGUUCAGCAACCUUUCAGAGGUAGUGCGCCAGCUCGGCAUCCCAUGUUGUCCUGGCAGAUCUGGUGUCUGUGCUCUCCUCCUGGGAGCAGUGGCAACUGUGGUGAAGCAGGAGGUGGCAAGGAAUUUGUGGCCCCCGAAAACACGUCCUCACCUCGACCCCUGACUCUGGCAGCAGAUUUUAUCAUGUGGGCAACCUGCUGCAACUGGUUCUGCUUGGAUGGACAGCCUGAGGAGGCCCCACCAGCCCAGGGAGCCAGGACGCAGGCCUAUUCCAACCCUGGGUACAGCUCCUUCCCUUCCCCAACAGGCUCGGAACCAAGCUGCAAGGCUUGUGGGGCCCACUUCGCAAACAUGGCCAGGAAGCAGACCUGCCUGGACUGCAAGAAGAAUUUCUGCAUGACCUGUUCGAGCCAAGUGGGGAACGGCCCCCACCUCUGCCUCCUCUGCCAGCGGUUCCGAGCCACAGCCUUUCGGCGGGAGGAGCUCAUGAAGAUGAAGGUGAAGGACCUGAGGGACUAUCUCAGCCUCCAUGACAUCUCUACCGAAAUGUGCCGGGAGAAAGAGGAGUUGGUGCUCUUGGUGCUUGACCAGCAGCGUGUACUUUCUCAGGAGGGCAGGACUCGUGCUCCCCCCUUGUCCCCCGACUUCCCCGAGCAGCAGGCCUUCCUGGCCCAGGCUCACGCCGGCACAGUACCUCCUACCUCGGCAAGCCUCCCCUCUUCACCCGCACAAGCCACGUCUGUGUCCCCGGCCCCGGCUCAGGAAAGCCAGCAGGCCAAUGGCCAUGUGUCUCAGGACCAAGAGGAGCCCGUCUACCUGGAGAGCACAGCCAGAGCACCUGCUGAGGAUGAGACCCAGUCUGUCGACUCAGAGGACAGCUUCGUCCCGGGCCGGCGGGCCUCUCUGUCUGACCUGACUGACCUGGAGGACAUUGAAGGUCUGACCGUGCGGCAGCUGAAAGAGAUCCUGGCGCGCAACUUCGUCAACUACAAGGGCUGCUGCGAGAAGUGGGAGCUGAUGGAGAGGGUGACGCGGCUGUACAAGGACCAGAAGGGGCUCCAGCACCUGGUGUGUGGUGCUGAAGACCAAAACGAUGGAGCGGUGCCGCCCAGCAUGGAGGAGAACCUGUGCAGGAUCUGCAUGGACUCACCCAUUGACUGUGUCCUGCUAGAGUGCGGCCACAUGGUCACCUGCACCAAGUGCGGCAAGCGCAUGAACGAGUGUCCCAUCUGCCGGCAGUACGUGAUCCGAGCCGUGCACGUCUUCCGAUCCUGAGGGCUGGCGCCGGCUUCUUCAGUGCCUUACAGGGAUGGAGCUGGAAGGGUCUGGGCUCCAGAUUGGCUAGCUUGCAGAGGGGCAGGCUAACAAGAAAAUCUUCGAGCAAAGAUGCGGUCACCUCUGGGCAUGCCUGUCCUGCCUCGGCGGCACACCUCUCAGCCGGCGGAGCCCGAGGCUGGUGGGAACUGGUACAGAUCGCGUGGGCAAGUCCCUGGUUCCAGUGAUCUUGGGGUAAUGAUGGUAAUUGAUGAAGAGAGGAUUUUUCCAGAACUUGGACCAGAUCUUCCUCCCUUCCUCUGUAAACUUAACAGUUUUCCCCUUCCCCCUGCACCCCAGCCAUCCCUGAGCCGCCUAUCUGCAUUCCAACCGUCAGAAGUCCUGGUAGAAAUGGUUCUCUUCCGCCCCAGCACAUUUGGAUUUCUUUCUGGUCUCUCUGGCUUUCUGUGCUUUAACCAGCUUUGCUAGUCUCUUGCUGCAUUGCCUAACAUUCGUUUCUUCAGAUCAAAAAGAUGUUAGCUUACCAGACCAAUAGUGAUCCUCCUUAGGACUAAAUUUGGACCAGUAAACUUUCUCUGGUGAGAAAUGAAACACAAAUGCUAUUGAAAAAUUUCAAAGUCAUUUACAGGUUGCUUCCUUAAGUGCUGGGAUUGGAAGCAGUUGAGUCUCCUGACCGAACCUUGGGAGCCAGCAAAGAAAGCAUCUGCAGGGAAGUUUGAGUCGUGUGUGUGAGAUGGCCCGGGGAUCAUCUCUGCUGCUCUUAGGGCCUGUGCGCCAUCCUUAAUUUUAGUUUAGG